UUUUAUGGUCAUGUAAUGGGUAAAUUCUUUCUUUUAUUGCCUUUGUUUUCAGACCAGAAUGUCUACAACCCCAACUUACAAGUUGUCCAGGAUAUGAUGAGGCAGCAAGUAGAAUUUACACAGCAGUUCUGUGAAUCACAGAAAUACCUUUACCAUACUCUCACAGACAGUAUUCAACCAUCCUAUGUAUACACCACGCUGAAAGACACCAAAGAGUACAUCAGAAAACAUCGGAAACCAAAGCUAACUUUGAAAAAAGCCUUGAAACUGGUUGAAUUAGAAGCACAGCUUCAGUGAUUAAGUAUGUCCAUGUUACUGGUCAGUACGCAGUUUAUCCGUCCACUAUCACCAGUGUCCACUUUGGCUCAGCCUCUGUCCUCUUUGCAGUUACUGUUGCUGUUAUCAUUGUUGUUCUCAGGAUUUUUAUUUCAAAGACACGACAUGGUUGUGAAUGAAAAAGAAUAAAAGAAAAGAAGGAAAGAAAAAUUUAAGAAAUUACAUUCCUUUCAUCUCAUUUCAUUCAGUUUUGUUUAUUUUUUUAAUAAUAAAGAAAAAAAAUUCCCCUUGUCAUUUUUCAAAA